GCCGUCAGGCAGUUUGCGUCUAAGGAAACGUGCGGACUUCAGCCAUGGCCGGGGCUGGAUUUGAGUCGCUGGAGCGGUGCUUGGAGAAGCAUCUGCCACUCACAGACCUGCAGGAGGUCAAACGCAUUCUCUAUGGCAAAGAGACCAGGAAGCUCGACCUGCCCAGCAGGGCUUUUGAAGCCGCCUCCAAAGGGGACUUUGAGCUGCAGGGCUAUGCCUUUCAGGCUGUGGCGGAGCAGCAGAGGAGGCCCCGGACCGUGCGCAUGGGGCUCGUUCAGAACAGAACCCCCCUCCCCGCGGACACCCCUGUGGUGAAACAGGUCACUGCCCUGCACAGACGCAUCGAGGCCAUCGUAGAGGUGGCUGCCAUGUGUGGAGUCAACAUCAUCUGUUUCCAGGAAGCAUGGACUAUGCCCUUUGCUUUCUGUACGAGAGAGAAGCUUCCAUGGACGGAAUUUGCCGAGUCAGCAGAGGACGGGCCCACCACGAAGUUCUGUCAAGAGCUGGCGAGGAAGCAUGACAUGGUGGUGGUGUCCCCCAUCCUGGAGCGAGACACGGAACAUGGGGACAUCUUGUGGAACACAGCCGUGGUGAUCUCCAACUCUGGAGCCAUCCUGGGCAAGACGAGGAAAAACCACAUCCCCAGAGUGGGCGACUUCAAUGAGUCCACAUACUACAUGGAGGGAAACCUGGGCCACCCCGUGUUCCAGACUCAGUUCGGGAGGAUCGCCGUGAACAUUUGCUACGGGCGGCACCACCCCCUCAACUGGCUCAUGUAUAGCAUCAACGGUGCUGAGGUCAUCUUCAACCCCUCGGCCACCAUCGGAGCACUCAGUGAGUCCCUGUGGCCAAUCGAGGCCAGAAACGCAGCCAUCGCCAAUCACUGCUUCACCUGCGCCAUCAACCGGGUAGGCGAGGAGUUCUUUCCGAACGAGUUCACCUCUGGGGAUGGCAAGAAAGCUCACCGGGACUUCGGCUACUUUUAUGGCUCAAGCUACGUGGCGGCCCCUGAUGGUAGCCGCACCCCCGGGCUCUCCCGCAACCGGGAUGGGCUGCUGGUCACCGAGCUCGACCUCAACCUCUGCCGGCAGGUGAAUGACAUCUGGGGCUUCAAGGGUAGGUCCCAAGAAAUGGAAUUCACUGUGUUGAAAAGCAUGAACGUCUUGUCGAGAACUGGGAAGAAUCUGAGAUCUUACCCUAUGUGCAAGCUGAUGAGUUAGCUGACCUCAGUUUCAUGGAUGCUCAGCAAAAGACACAACACUCCUGGAUCAGAGACAAAGGACUUCGUUACAACAAUAGCAGCAGCCAGAGUACCAGCAUUUUCUUGCAGGAGUUCCCUGAGCCCCAAUUCCCACAAGACAACACAAAGAGGGCCAAGUGACUCCUACACACACAGUGAGUUGCAUUAAGGAGAGAAAGGGAAAAAGAGAGAUGAGAGCUUAGAGAAUUUGACUCUUUUAUAUCGGAUGGUAAAGUAUGUCUGCUCCUUGUUCUAAAGACAGACGCUGCCCCUCUCUACCAAGGUCGCAAGAACACCUAUGCUUUGCUCUGGAGGGAGACCUAUCUCUAUCUUACAAGGCUGUUGGCUCUGCAGACAUCCUUGAAAAAUAGUCUGGGACAAAGGCAUUCAUGGUUUUAGCUCGCAAGUCAGGCAGAAACUCGAGAAAUGUGAGAGACCCACAACGAUAACUUCCAAAAAUAACCACCCCUCAUUUCUACACCAUCUUGACUUCUGGCAACUUCCCCAUGAGUGUAC